AAGACACAGCAAAGGGCUGUGGAGUGCCAAGAUAUUUUUCAGCACGGGAUGCAUUCCUGAGACAAUGUUCAUGAAGCAAAGGGUUAAGAUGGGAACAGGCGAGUGAGCAGGUGCAGCAUGCAACCAUUCAGUUAGGUAAAACUCUAGCACAAGGUGUCCACACGGCCCAUGCCAGUAAAAGAGCCUACGAACUUCGAUUCACGGGCAUCGUGUCAAGUCAUUGAGGAAGAGUGCACUCAUUGUCCUAGCCUAUGCAAUAGUUGAGUUUGCCAUCAUCACGUGUAUGCAAGCCACAUGCAAGCCACGCGAAUGUUUCCGUCUCCAUCGACGCCAAAAGGAACCAACUCAUUUUGACUUGUGUUUGCAGAACAAGGCAAUUUCCCCAAUCCCCACAAACCAACAAUGUCCGCCAUCUCCCGCGUUGCUGUGCUUUCCACCAGGGCUAUCUCCCUCUCUGCCCGCAAGGCUACCCCAGCUGUUUGCUUCUCAGUGGCAUCCGCUGCCCGGCAAGCUACCCCCACCAAAGAGUCCGAGCCCGUGAUCCCCGGUUUCCGUGAAGAAGGUCAGAUCCCCACCAACUGGGAGUUGAUGGCCGGUAACGAACGUUAUGAAUAUAUGCAGCGUCUUGCCGGAAAGGAGCCUUGGGAGGACCUCAAGCCCAUCGUCAUGUCCACUCGUGGAACAGUUGCGAACCCUACCAUCAUCAAGGGCUCUGACCCUGAGCGGUACAUCGCCUGUACCGGAUUCCCCGCCGACUCCCACGAAGCCAUCUGGUUGACCAUCCGCGACCACGGUCGCAAUGACCGCUGCCCACACUGUGGAAAUGUCUUCAAGUACCAGCGCGAGCAUGCCCACCACUAAAUUAUAGAAAAUAUUCCUCUAAUUUACCGAGACAGUUCGCGAGAUUGAGGGCAAUAUAUGGACGAUUUUAUUUGAAAAAAAUUUCAUUGAGUUGAUUUACGGUGGACCGUAAUUGUUGCCGUUGCGCUUUCGCUAUGCUGCUUUUGGUUCCAUUUGGGGUGUCAAAUUGUAUGCAUUGGAAUAUAUAUGAACUGGAGGAACCACCGUGGCGCAAGAACUAGGGAUAUUCAUCGGUUGCCGAAGCAUGCAAGGGAAGGGAUCGAGUGGGAAGCAACCUUUGGCACAGUAUCUAGUCUUGUACUAGAUUAAAUCACAAUGAGCAGCUUGUUGGGUCCAGGAAAUCCAUCAUUGG